AUGCUCAAACGCCCUAGAAACCGCCAGCCCCGAUCCCAGGGGCAGCAGCAGCAACGCCCCAACAACGGCCGACAAAACGGACCCUCGCGAUCCAACCACGCCCGGUCCGUCCCAACAGUCCAGCAGGUCGUCCCCGGCGCCAGCGUGUCGAUAGUCCUCAAAGCAGACCAGCCCACGGGCCGGGAGACACCCGGCGUGGUGCAGGAUGUCCUGACGCAGGGCAACCACCCGCGAGGGAUCAAGGUCCGCCUGCAGGACGGCCAGGUCGGCAGGGUGCAGCGCAUGGGAGGAGGAGGAGCAGGAGCAGGAAGCAGCAGCGGUGCGGCCGACGCGGGGAAGCCGAGCGCAGGCAGGGCCAACUUCACGCAGCGGUACACCGACGUGCGCUACGACGACGAGUAUCCCGAGGGCCCGCCGCCAAGGAGCCUGGCCGACUUCUUCCCCGCGGAGCCCGAGCCUGGGCCUGAGCCCACGCAGCAGGAGACGUCAUCGAGGACGCAGGAGGUCCUGGUGACCUGCCCGCUGUGCGGUGGCUUCGAGGGAGACGAGACAGCGGUGACACAUCACAUCGAGAAGGAGCAUUUGACCUGA